GCCGACUCGGCUCCCCAUUUCUAAGUUUUGUUUAUUCUUUACCUCAACCCCACACUAACACACUACUAAGUAAACACUACUACGCCCCGCGGUGUGGCUGCGCUGGAGAAUGGAACCCUUGAACUAGAACCUCCACCGAACCCCAUUCCCCAACUUCACUUGGGAGCCAAGCCAUCCUUAGUCUCCGAUUCAAGGAACUCAUUCUCUCUCGGCCUCUUGCGGUUUGGUUUUGUUUGCGGAUGUGAAAUGAGUACAAAGAUCACAAGAUAGGAGUAGCACUCCAUUGAAAUCAAUCAAGUCUGGUGAACUGAAAAGUUCUGGGCAGCAUGGUGGUAGUGCUACUAAGAGUAUACCCAUGCCCAUGAAGAAUUAUCAGAAGCCAUGGCCGAGAAGAAAGGCUGUUGGGGAUGAUGAGUUGGUCAAGUACAUGUCCACUGUCCCGCUUUAUCUGCAGCACAUGGAGAAAGGAGAUUGCUCUCAAGAGAGGGCACUGAAUGUUGGAGUUCUUGAUUGGGGGCUUCUUGAGAAAUGGGCAUAUAACCAGAAAAUAUUCGCUGCAGGGAGAGGCCAGGGAUUCAUCGUCAAGAAGCAAACUUUAUCCAGCCAUUCUGUUCAAACCACUAAAGCUGAGCCAUUGACUGGAGAGAAUUGCAAACACUCUAUUGAUCCCCCUGAUGGUAGAUGUUUAUCUAGAAACACUCCUGUUGAUCAAACUCACAUGGAUAAAGUACCGAAGAAGCAUCCGGAUGAUCAGGGAACACGGACUAAGUUUGUCACCUUCUCUCCAAAUGCUAUGAACGCUCAAGAUCGUAGAUCAAGAGAAUUUGAGAAAGCUGAAACCUAUGAGAAACAAAAAUGUUCUGAUAACCACCGAAAGCAACAAAAGCCUGCUGGUAUCCCCCUGGCCAGUGAUGAUAGACCUCAAAACCAGGAGGUUGCAGCAGUACAUGAAGAUACUGGAAAAACACCUAAUAAUCUUCAGGGAAAUGUUCACAGAAGAGUCGCGUCAGUUAUUCAGGAGACUUUCCUUCUGAUGGUGCACACUAUUGGGAAUUAUCCCCUUUUGGGCCUCAUUCGUGUCCCCUCCUUCCUGCCUCCCAACACAAUAAACUUAAUGGGAGCUAGCACUAUCAAUGCAACUCCAACAAUGAAUUCAAACGGUAAACAUGAAAAGCGGGAUGACUUUUCUGGCAUGUCGAGGGAGCUCUUCAAUGUCUUUAUGGCUCAAGGGUCAGGUGAAGAUCUAGUAAAAGCAAGUGGUCUAGCCAGGGGAAGAGAAUUUUCACUUAAUCAUCAAUCAAGUCCUGGUCAAAUUUGGCACAGAAGAAGCUCUAGUUUGAGAGAGGGUUCAAACAUGCACCAAAUGAGAUCAGUUGCUUCUUCAGAGAAUCCUCAUGUAGACAAAGUUAGUCCACAGAGCAAAGGCAGGCGAAGCCCACUGCGGAGGUUGCUAGAUCCACUUGUGAAAGCCAAAGAACGCAGUAGUGUUUCUGGUCCAAUUGCCUGCGCAACCACUCGCCAUACUAAUGAAUGGAACGAUUGCAAAAGGUCUCUGUGUCAGGAUGGUGCAGUAGAUGGGUCAAUCAAGUUGGGCAUGGCCAGCAUGAAUUCUUCCAAAUGUCAGGCAGAGUGUAACCACAAUUCCUCUAAUGAGGUUGUAUCAAUGAAUAACUCAACUUCAACUCUUGAUGAGAAACAUGUUCCAUCAAGGAGGCAAGCCCUUUUACAACUUGCUUGGAAGAAUGGCCUUCCUUUGUUCAUGUUCUCAUCAAAUAACAAUGAUAUUCUGGCAGCCACAGUGAAAGAAGAGAAACUCAUCCCAAUAAAGAUGACUUUUGAGUGUGUGUAUACAAUUUUCUCUGUUUCAGAAGUCAAGAAGAAAAGUGGAAUAUGGAUCAACCAAGGAAACAAAAGUAAAAAACAUGGCUUGGCAUCUGAUAUUGUUGGCCAAAUAAAGGUAUCUCAUGGGAGCUUGACUGAACAUGAUUCGAAGAGCCAUGUUCUUAUCAGAAAAAAAUUUUGUUUUAUAUGGCUGAAGUCAUACCAAACUGCUCAUGAACCUAUUGAUUCUGUGUUCAGCAAAGAGCUCGCCGCAGUUGUUGUGAAGGCUGUUGAGGAUAACAAGUGUGAUGAUCAAGACAGAAGCUUGCAUAAUGAAGAUUAUGUGAGAACCUUGAACCUCGCCAGUAUUGUAGCUAUACUCCCAAGUGGGUUUCAUGGUUCAUCAACGGCUGGAGAGCCUUCACCCUUGAUUGAGAGAUGGAAAUCAGGUGGUUUGUGUGAUUGUGGAGGAUGGGAUGAAGGCUGUGCACUAACAAUCUUAAGAGACAAGAAUCAAGAUAACAAGAACUCUCCUGAUGGCACUCAUCUAAUUGAACUGUUUUAUCAGAAAAGGAAAUGUGCAUUACGCAUGGUUGCUUUCAGAGAGGGGCUAUAUACAGUUGAUUUCAGGUCAUCCAUUUCUUUGUUGCAAGCUUUUGUUAUCUGCAUAGCAACCCUGCACAGCAAAAACCCUCCCCACCUCUCCAAGUUGCUUUUAGCAGAGCCGAACAACUUUGAGGAACAUGUCCUCUCUGAUCACUUAAGAUCUUCAACAAGGAGACAUCCGGAUGAUCCUACAAGAUGUGUGCCAAACCAUCCGCCCAUUUCGUCUGUAGAGAGAGAUUAGCUUGCUGAUUCAUUCAAACUACCAACUUUUCUCUAUUUCAGCAGCUCUUUGCUCUUUAAAUCCUCAAUGCUUGAUAGCUGGAGAAGGAUGAAAUGAAUCCUGCUUCCUAUCAUUGAUAUAUCCCAUAUGCUAUCAUGUGCUAGCUACCUUAGAAAAGGGGCCUCGGUGACCAUAAGACAGGUUGCAAUGCUUGGCUUCAUCAUGUUGGUGUAUUAUAUAUAUUAGAAGCAGCUCUGGAAUCUACAGCUCUAUAGGAAAUAAUCACUGUAUAAUGUAUAAACUGUGGUUAUGAGCAAUAAAUUUAAGCUGAGAUUCUUUUCCCUUAA